AACCACUACUAUAAAGCUUCUCUAGUAUCCACGCUUCUCCAUUACCAGAGGAAUCCACAGCAUUAACACACACAUACCAGGAUGAGUCGUCUCACAUGGCUAUUAUUGUUGACCCUAAAUCUGGUGGCAACUUCGGAGGCAAGGAAUAAUAUCCCUGCCGUUAUAGUGUUCGGAGACUCCUCUGUGGAUUCUGGGAACAACAACGUCAUAGCCACUGUUCUGAAGAGCAACUUCAAGCCUUAUGGACGAGACUUCGAAGGUGGUCGUCCCACGGGACGGUUCUGCAAUGGUCGUGUCCCACCAGACUUCAUUGCUGAGGCUUUAGGGAUUAAACGCACCAUUCCUGAUCGACGCGUUGUUGCUUGUUACAUCUUCCAGAAUGUGAUACCACUGUGGAAGGAGCUAGAGUUCUACAAGGAGUUUCAAGCCAAAUUGAGAGCACAUGUUGGUGUAGAAAAAGCCAACUAUAUCAUCGGAGAAGCGUUGUACUUGAUGAGCCUAGGAACCAACGAUUUCCUCGAAAACUAUUACGUGUUCCCAACCCGACGACUCCAUUAUACCGUGUCACAAUACGAGGAUUUUUUGUUGGAUAUUGCGGAUAAUUUCAUUCGGAAAUUGUACGCACUUGGGGUACGAAAAUUAGCCAUAACGGGUCUUGUUCCCGUAGGGUGUCUCCCCUUAGAGAGGGCCACGAACGUUUUAGGGCACCAUGGUUGCAACCAGGAAUACAACAACGUGGCUUUGAGCUUCAAUAAGAAGUUGGAUAAUGUGAUAUCCAAGCUUAAUAGGGGGCUCCCAGGGUUCAUGGCUAUGUCGGCAAAUGCCUAUUCCAUUGUCAAUGACAUCAUUACACGACCUUCCGCAUAUGGAUAUGAGGUUGUGGAGAAGGCAUGCUGUUCCACAGGAACAUUUGAGAUGAGCUAUUUGUGCAGUGAUAAGAAUCCACUUACAUGCACAGACGCCAACAAGUACGUGUUUUGGGAUGCCUUUCAUCCUACAGAGAAGACAAAUCGCAUUGUCUCAGACUAUUUGAUACCCAAGGUUCUAGCAACCUUUAGAUGAUAUCCAAAUUACUUUCCAUUUCAGAUAUAUCAUAUAGCUACUCUUCCCUAGGGCUACUUCGGAACAUACAUAUAGCGAUAUUUAAUAUCGGCUUAUCAAGUCUCAUGCUAGCUAAUAUGUAUACGUUUUCUGUGUUCAGUUGUUAUAUAUGACAUGAAUUAACAGCUGAAUAUCAUGUAGAUGUAGCCAUGUACACGGCAUUCGACCUACGCAUGUUAUACUGUGCUUCGGCUUUUGCUUCUUGUAUCAGUUGUAUUGUAUGGCUCUUGGCUUUGGUUCCUUUACGUGAUUCUAAGUGCCAACUUUUGCUUCCAA